AUGUCAUCCCCCGCCCUGCCGCCUCCGUACCGUCACCGACACCAGCACCAGCAGCAGCAGCAACACUUCAUCGGCGGAGGCGAGGACUUUGCGUCGGCGGCGGCCGCGGAGUUUCCGUCGUACGUGGACGACGAACUGGCCUUCCAGUGCGCGUCGGCUGGGACGACCUCGCUGGUCGGCGGUUCGGGGGCGGCGACGACCUCAGCGGCGGGAGUCGGGCCGGCGUCUAUGCACCUGGAGGACGGGGGAAGGGACAGCGUCUCUCCCGGAUCGCCUUCGUCGGGGGAAGUGCAGAGGCCCGCGUGCGAGUACGCGGCGAGGAGCGCGCUGCCCGGACAGCUUCUUCCUGGGAUCGCCUACCCGGCCUGCCUCGCCGGCGGGGUCCCGGCGGAAGGCGGCAGCGGGGGCUUCUGCUACGAGUACGGCCCAUCGGGAAGCUCUUCGGGCGGGCCGCUGCAGCAGGGCUGCGUGCCCGUGGUUCCGUUCGCCGGUCCGUACAAGGUGCAGCGCCGGGCGGCCAACAUCCGGGAGCGGAAGCGCAUGAUGAGCAUUAACACGGCGUUCGAGGAGCUUCGCUGCCACGUGCCCACGUUCCCGUUCGAGAAACGCCUGUCCAAGAUCGACACGCUGCGGCUGGCCAUCGCGUACAUCGCGCUGCUGCGAGAGCUGCUCGUCUCCCAGCACGACCCUCUGACGCACAUCGACAAGUGCCUCAGAGGCGAGCUCAAGGGGGAACACGCCGCCGAGUGGAACACCUCCGAUCUGACAGCGCGCCUGUCCUGGAUCAACUGGGAGAGCCUGGGUGUGAACCCGAACCGGAGGAGCGUGCUGACCACGCUAACCCUGACCGCAGACACCAUCGGCUGCCACAACGGAACCCAGUGA